AUGGCAGCAACACUUGUCGACCCAGCACCUACUCGGGACUCUACAACGUUCAAGGAGGCUCGUGAGGGUGCGGAAGCAUAUCUACAGGCGCGGCUUGCGGCAAAAGCUCCAGUCACAGAUGAGGAGUUUCAAGUACCUGUCAUUGACAUUUCAUCGUCCUUCUCUGGCUCGAUUCUCGAACGGCAAAGAGUCGCAGCCCAAAUCCAGAAGGCCUGCACAACAUCCGGCUUCUUUUACAUCACGAACCAUGGCGUCUCUAAGGCAGCCCGCAAUGGUAUCUUGCACCAGGCUGAGCGCUUUGCACACCAAUUGAGUCCAGAGCAGAAAGAGAAGUUACACACCAAGCACAGUAAACUGGGACUUGGAUGGGAGCCAAGCGAGUACACGUCCCUGGCUGGCGAUCUGGAGACCAAAGAAGGAUUCAACUUCGCCUACGAAGCAGCCAUGGAUAGGACAGGUGGCGAUGGCAAGUACACCAACCUGGAUGGUACAACCAGGAAUGGUAAUCUCUGGCCGAAAGAAGAGGACCUGCCUGGCUUCUACGAUGCUGUGAAGGAGUACUAUGGCGGAGUUCUUGACCUUGCGCGGCACCUAUUUCGCCUCUUUGCGUUGUCUCUUGGCCUCGAAGAGACUUACUUCGACCCCAUGACUACACACCCAGGCGGCAUAGCUCGCUUACUUUACUAUCCACCACCCCAAACACCACUGCCAGCGACCCUUAAAUCCUCAUCCGAGGAAGCCAUUGGGCUCGGCGCACAUACAGAUUACGAGUGCUUCACCCUGCUGCUCUCCUCCUCAGUUCCGGGUCUCGAGAUCCUCAAACCAUCUGGGCACUGGCAUAUUGCUACUCCGCCGCCAGACUCCUUUAUCGUCAAUGUUGCGGACUUUUUGAUGCGCUGGACUAAUGGGCUGUACAAGAGCACCGUGCACAGGGUAGUGAACAGGGGUACCGAGGCUAGGUACAGCGUGCCAUUCUUUUUCAGCGUGAACUAUGAUACCUCGGUCGAGACUCUACCGACUUGUCUUGCUGAGGGAGAGGAGAGUCCGUGGAAGCCGAUUAAAGCUGGAGAGUAUAUUCUGGAGAGACUGAAUGCUACAACGAAGGACGGGGCGGGGUUCUUUGGGAAUGAGAACUUUGUCGAUGGUAACGAGCCUAAUUUGAACGCCUACUAG